CUAUUUAAAUACAGGGGAGCGCAGGAAACUACGGCUUACUCUCUCUCUCUCUCCCGGGAGUGAUUAUACACCUGCCUUCUCCUCCAGCUCUUUUGGGCUCCAAGCUGUUUAAGUCAACAUGUGCGACGAUGAAGAGACCACAGCUCUGGUGUGUGACAACGGCUCAGGGCUGGUGAAGGCCGGGUUCGCCGGCGAUGACGCCCCCAGAGCAGUGUUCCCCUCCAUCGUGGGCAGACCACGUCAUCAGGGUGUGAUGGUGGGUAUGGGUCAGAAAGACAGCUACGUAGGAGACGAGGCCCAGAGCAAGAGAGGUAUCCUCACCCUCAAGUACCCCAUCGAGCACGGCAUCAUCACCAACUGGGACGACAUGGAGAAGAUCUGGCACCACACCUUCUACAAUGAGCUGCGUGUAGCCCCAGAGGAGCACCCUGUCCUGCUGACAGAGGCUCCACUCAACCCCAAGGCCAACAGAGAGAAGAUGACCCAGAUCAUGUUUGAGACCUUCAACGUUCCUGCCAUGUAUGUGGCCAUUCAGGCUGUGCUGUCCCUGUACGCCUCUGGUCGUACCACAGGUAUUGUGCUGGACGCUGGUGAUGGUGUGACCCACAACGUGCCCGUAUAUGAGGGCUACGCGCUGCCACACGCCAUCAUGAGGCUGGACUUGGCCGGCAGAGACUUGACUGACUACCUGAUGAAGAUCCUCACAGAGAGAGGCUACUCCUUCGUGACCACAGCCGAGAGAGAGAUUGUCCGCGACAUCAAGGAGAAGCUGUGCUAUGUGGCCCUGGACUUUGAGAAUGAGAUGGCCACCGCCGCCUCCUCCUCCUCCCUGGAGAAGUCCUACGAGUUGCCUGACGGCCAGGUCAUCACCAUUGGUAACGAGAGAUUCCGUUGCCCCGAGACUCUUUUCCAGCCCUCCUUCAUUGGUAUGGAGUCUGCUGGCAUCCAUGAGACCACAUACAACGGCAUCAUGAAGUGUGAUAUUGACAUCCGUAAGGAUCUCUAUGCCAACAACGUGCUGUCUGGUGGUACCACCAUGUACCCUGGUAUCGGUGACCGCAUGCAGAAGGAGAUCACAGCCCUGGCUCCUAGCACCAUGAAGAUCAAGAUGAUUGCCCCACCUGAGCGUAAGUACUCCGUAUGGAUCGGCGGCUCCAUCUUGGCCUCCCUGUCCACCUUCCAGCAGAUGUGGAUCAGCAAGGAUGAGUACGAGGAGGCCGGACCUUCAAUUGUCCACAGGAAGUGCUUCUAAAUGCCACACUCCUCCCGUCCCAUCUCCUCUCCUCUCCUCUCCUCUCCUCUCCUCUCCUCUCCUCUCCUCUCCUCUCCUCUCCUCUCCUCCCUUCAUCAUUUCCUUCUCCUUCCCUUUUUUAUGUCGGCUCCCUCCUUCUUGUUUUGUGUCUUCUGUGUCCAAUGCCAUGUCCACUGUAUCUCUCAGUUCUGUUGUUGUUGUUGUUGUUGUUGUUGUUGUUGUUGUUGUUGUUGUUGUUACACACCCCUCACUGUGCAUCCAUUUCACCAUCAUCAUCAUGUACUGUAUGUCUCCAUGACAUCUACGUUCCAAUUCCAAAUUGGCAAAAAACUACUGAUUAAACUGAGGAAUAUUUCAAUCGUUUACUUUUCAAAUAA